AUGCCGGAAAAGAGGAGCUUUACAUUUACUAUGCCUAUCCUAUACAAAGGGUGGCGGAAACCAUUUCACUCAGUGAUUUUCAAUCUUUCUCUACUUCGGAAAGGCCGGAUUGGUGUUACAUCUGGCUGUACUUCACUCGCGAGGAUAAAAACGUCAGGCUCUUCACCAAGGACCCUUCAGCCGUUGAAGCUUGGACACACGUCUUGCCGUACUUUUUCCAAACCUCACACAUGCAGGCCUUGCUACAGGUCCAGGGAACGCUCGUCAGGGAGAAUCUCUACGAAGACAACAUACUGCCCUGUCAGUAUCCUCUGA